AUGAGCACAUGUGUUCCUGCGAUCUUCGUUUCAAAGGUUGCAGAUAACUCGUUUGAUUUACCAGAAGCCACGGUUUUAAUACAGGUAAGCAUGCAUGGUGGCAGUCGGCGUCAAGAGGCCCAACGAUUGGGUCGGAUUCUACGUGCUAAGCGGGGUAUGGAUGCUGACGUCUACAACGCUUUCUUUUACUCCUUGGUCUCGCAGGAUACUUGUGAAAUGCAGUACGCUCUUAAGCGACAACGCUUUUUAAUGAAUCAGGGCUAUGCUUAUAAGAACUUUUAA